AUGGGGAUGAAAACAAUUAUCCCCAUGACAGAGAUCGAGGCGGAAAACAACUAUCAUUCAUGGAAUAAUCACUAUGGCCUGUCUGCGUCUUCUUCUGACAGUUUCAUCUGCACCUUCUUCGAAGAGUUUCGUCUGCAUUCUGUUUCAACAGUCAUGUCUGCAUUCUAUUUCAGCAGAUCUGUCUGCAUCUGGUAUACUCAUGUUGCUGAAGAUCUAAAAAUUCCACUUAACAUAUUCUUCACAUUGCCAUGUCAAAAAAUUUUAUCAAUGGCUUCCAAAUUGCUAUUAAAGAAACAAAGUCAACCAACUGAGGAAUGGUAUGUUAAGCUUGUCAUAUAUUCAAUGGACAAGGAUUGGAUGCAAAUUAAGAAUAGAGCCCUUUUACAAUAUAGGAGAGGUGUCAACGAGUUCUUAGAUUUUGCCUUUAGUCAUACAAACGAUGAUAAGAUAUAUUGUCCGUGUUUUAAAUGCAAUAAUUGCCUUAGAAAAUCUCGUGAGCAAGUAGAAUUUGAUCUUCUAAGUCAUGGCAUAGUGAGAAAUUAUACAAUUUGGUACCACCAUGGAGAAUCGCUACAAGAUGAGUCACCCCAUUCAAGUUCAUUUGAUAGUCACGAUGAUUAUAUGGAUAAAGAUGACAUGGAAAACAUGUUAAGGGAUCAUUUUGGAGUUUGGGAUAUAGAAGAGGAUAUUGAAGAACCUAAUGAAGAGCAUAUAAAAGAGGAUAUAGGAGAACCUUAUGAAGAGCAUGUAGAAGAACCUAAUGAAGAUGCAGCAAAGUUUUACAAACUUUUGGAUGAUUCUGAGAAAGAACUAUAUCCAGGAUGUACGUACUUUUCAAAGCUCUCGUUUUUGAUGAGAUUAUUCCAUAUUAAAUGUCUUGGUGGAUGGAGUAAUAAAUCAUUUUCUAUGUUACUUGAGUUAUUGAAUGAUUCUUUUCCAAAAGGGGUACAACUACCGGCGUCUUACUAUGAAGCUAGGAAGAUUAUUCGAGAUCUUGGCUUGGAUUAUGAGAAAAUAGAUGCUUGUAUUAAUGAUUGUAUGCUAUUCUGGAAAGAUCAUGAUAAGAAAGAAACUUGUGAUCAUUGUGGUGCUUCAAGGUGGAAGUUUGAGGAGAAAGAUGGAAAGAGAAAAAAAAUUCCUAUAAAAGUUCUCCGUUACUUUCGAAUAACUCCAAGGCUUAAAAGAUUAUAUAUGUCAACAAAGACAGCAUUUGAUAUGAGAUGGCAUGAUGCAAAGCGAAUUGAUGAUGGGUAUUUACGUCAUCCAGCUGACUCAGAAGCAUGGAAAUCAUUUGAUGAGUUACAUAAGUCCUUUUCUGAUGAACCUAGAAAUGUAAGGCUUGGAUUAGCAAGUGAUGGGUUUAACCCCUUUGGAAAUAUGAGUACAAAAUACAGUGUUUGGCCUGUGGUACUUAUACCAUAUAACUUGCCACCUUGGAAAUGCAUGAAGGAUCCUUAUCUAAUGUUAUCAUUGCUUAUACCGGGUUCAAAAUCUCCAGGAAAGGCAAUAGAUACAUAUCUAAGGCCUUUAAUUGAAGAAUUAAAAGAAUUAUGGAAUGUAGGAGUUGAUACCUUUGAUGCAUAUGAAAAAAAAAAUUUUAAAAUGCGUGCAGCUAUAUUAUGGACAGUAAAUGACUUUCCAGCAUAUGGAGAUUUAUCUGGAUGGAAUACGAGAGGGGCACUUCGUUGUCCCACUUGUAAUGUUGAGACUCAAUCUAAGUUUCUUACUAAUGGAAAGAAAUUUUGCUUCCUAGGUCAUCGGCGCUUCUUGCCUAUUAGACAUAGAUGGCGACGUGAAAAAGAAUUGUUUGAUGGCACAAAAGAACUUAGGCGUCUUCCCAAGCAACUCUCUGAUGUCAUGCACAUAGAGAAGAAUAUAUGUGACAAUGUUCUUGGGACAUUGAUGGAUAUUCCAAGAAAAACAAAAGACCAUUUAAAUUCUCAUUUGGAUAUGGAAAAGUUAGGCAUAAAGAAAGAUUUGCAUCCUAUUAGAGAGGGAGAAAAAGUUGUGUCAUUAGCUGAUGCCAUUUAUAAAUUGAAUAAUAAAGAAAGGAGGAGUUUGUGUGAAUUUUUGCAAAAUGUCAAAGUACCAGAUGGAUAUUCUUCAAAUCUUAGGAGAUGUAUUAACCUAAAAGAGAAAAAGAUUUAUGGCUUAAAGACUCAUGAUUGUCAUGUUCUUCUAGAGUGCUUCCUUCCGCUUGUUUUACGAGGUCUUUUCUCAUCACAUGAUGUGCGUAGUGCAUUAAUAGGACUUUGCAGUUUUUUCAAGGAGUUGUGCUCAAAAGUUCUAACAGUGAAAAAUCUUGAGAAGAUUGAAGAACAAAUCAUUAUCACACUUUGCAAGUUGGAAAUGAUAUUUCCGCCUUCAUUUUUUGAUGUCAUGAUCCAUUUACCUAUCCAUUUGGCAAGUGAGGCAAAGAUUGCAGGGCCGGUCCAUUAUCGAUGGAUGUACCCUAUUGAGAGGUAUUUAUGUAGCUUAAAAGCUUAUGUACGUAAUCGAGCUCAUCCAGAAGGUUCAAUUGCUGAAGGAUAUCUUGCAAAUGAAUGCUUAUUAUUUUGCUCAAGAUACUUUAAUGGUAUUGAAACAAAGUAUAAUCGAGUUGGAAGAAAUUGGGAUGGUGCAAUAACUCAUGGUUAUAAAGUUGAAACAAAGGAUAAAGUAUUACCGAUUUUCAAGCAAAAUGGAAGACCCUCAAGAAAUUGUAAAGUGACAAGAAGAUUGAGUCUAGAAGAAAUAAAGCAAGCUCAUCUUUAUAUUUUGAAGAACUGUGAUCAAGUUACUCCUUUCAUAUACAAACAUAAAGAAAUAUUAGAAGAAGAGAACCCAAGAAAUGUUCAAAAACGACAUGAUCAAGAAUUUUCAGAUUGGUUUGAAAGUCAUGUUACAUGUUUGUACAAAGAAAAAGAUAAACAAGUAACCCAUCAACUUUUAUGUUUAGCAAGAGGUCCAGCAAGAGAAGCCACAUGCUAUAAAGGAUACAAAGCAAACGGUUUUAUCUUCCACACAAAAGAUUGUGAGAAUCAUAGAAAAACUCAAAGUAGUGGAGUUAUGGUAAAGCUAAAUUGUGGAAAGGAGUAUUAUGGAGUCAUUGAGGAUAUUGUGGAGUUAUCAUAUAUGAAUGAUAACAAAGUUGUAAUGUUCAAAUGCUUAUGGUGGGAUGUGGACAAUUAUGGUAGAGGAGUGAAAGUAGAUGAAUAUGGUGUCACCCUGGUAAAUAAAGGUCGCACUUUGAAGACAAAAGAAGUAUUUAUUAUGGCAUGUCAAUAUGAACAAGUAUUCUAUGUUGAAGAUAUUUGUAACUCCAAUUGGUAA